GAGAGAGGGAGAGUUAUAGAGCGACCACCCCUUUAUUAAUAUUAUUCCACACCGCUAAGUUUAGCAUUCAACACGUGUCGCCAGUGAUGGAGAGAGAGUGAGGAAGGGAUAGAGAGAGAGGUUGAUGGUUGCUAGGUGACCGGGCGCAUAUACUGAAUUUUAACAAAAGAACAGGGAAAGAGAGAGAGGAGACAGGGAGAGAGAGAGGUAGAGAGAGAUCUAAAAAUUGAAUACAUGUAGAAUAUAUAUUUAGAUAUAUAUUUUCAGGGGGGAAACACGCAAAUGGAUACCUCAAAAGGGAAGGAUGUGAAAAGAAUGGAGGGACGAAGGGAGCGAGGGGGGAAAGGCUCAUGAAAAACAGCACCCUCUCACAGUGCGCUUUACAGCUUCACCCCCCCCUCCUCCUCCCCCUCCCCCUUCCACGGUUGGUUGAUCUAUUGCAAUGGUCGCAAUACCCACCAUCUCUCUCCUAUUGGCCCUGGCGGAGUGGGCAGGACUGGUCACGCCCUCCCCACACCUCUUGCUCCGCCCCCGGGAGCGGGAGAGAGACCCGGGGACUGUAAUGAACUUCAACAUCGCUGUGAUCCAUGCGGGGGCCAGCGUGCAGGUAGAGGCGGCGGCCGGGCCUGGGGGAAGGGUGCUCUACCCUGGGUUUGGUCGGGCACACAGCUCCCUGGGGGAGAGCGUGAUCACCCAGUGGGGCUCUGCAAACGUCAUCUGGCUCCAGGUGAAUGACAGUAGUCCUAAGACUCUGCUGUCCCAGCUGUGUGACCUGCUGUCAGCGAGGCCCCUACAGGGCCUGGUCUACGAGGAGGAGAGGCCACCACCAACCGCCUGGGGACCCCUGGCCCCCAUGCUAGAGUUUGUCUCUGCUCAGACUGGACUACCCAUAGUGGCUGUAGGAGGAGGAGCAGGGCUGGGGAGGAUGCAACAGGAGUCAGGCUCCAUCUUCCUCCAGUUCAGCUCAUCCACCAGCCUCCAGCUGGAGGUCAUCUUCAAAAUACUAGAGGAGUACGACUGGACCACCUUCUCAGUGGUGUCCACCCGUCACCAUGGCUACCAGGACUUCCUGUCGGUGGUGGACGGCCUGACGGACGGCUCGUUCAUCGGCUGGGAGAAGAAGAGCGUGGUCAUGCUGAACGUGACGGACGACCCGGGAGGGGCACGCACGCGUAGGCUGCUCAAGGAGAACGAGGCGCAGGUACGUCUGCUCUACUGUUCCCAGGAGGAGGCCGAGCUGGUGUUUAAAGCAGCCUGGGCUGCGGGUCAGGCUGGACCCUCUCACAUGUGGUUCGCUGUAGGGCCAGCCCUGUCCGGCCUUGGCAUGGAGGGUCUCCCCAGGGCCCUGUUCGCCGUGCGUCCGCAGGGCUGGAAGGACAAGCCCCGCAUGAGGAUCGCCCGGGGCGUGUCCAUACUGACCCAUGGGGCGGUGGCACUGCGCCGCGACUAUGGGGCCUCUGGAGGGCCAAACUUUGUCACCAACUGCAUGACGGAAUCCAAUCAAACACACAGGGUGCGGGGAAGGAUGAGGUAUUUCAGCAACAUCACUUUGGGUGGCAGAGACUACUCUUUCGACAGUGACGGUUACCUGGCCAACCCCGUCCUAGAAGUCAUCUCCUAUACACCUGGCAAAGGCUGGGAGGAUGUAGGGAUGUGGGAGAACGGUAAGUUGGAUUUGGUUUAUCCAGCGUGGUCGCGUUACGGUCCAUUCCUCCAACCGCCUGAUGGUGCCCAGCACCUGCGCGUGGUCACUCUGGAGGAACGUCCGUUUGUCAUCGUGGAGCUGGCUGACGCCGCCUCCAACACCUGCAUCAGAGACUCUGUACCCUGCCGACGACCCCUCAACGCCAGUAUUCCUGUCCAGGAUCCCCCAAAGAAACAGUGCUGUAAGGGCUUCUGCAUCGACAUCCUCAAACGAUUGGCCAAGAUCGUGGGUUUCACCUAUGACCUCUACCUGGUGACCAAUGGAAAGCACGGGAAGAAGAUUGAUGGAGUGUGGAACGGCAUGAUUGGAGAGGUGGUGGGACAGCGAGCAGAUAUGGCCAUCGGAUCCCUCACCAUCAACGAGGAGAGGUCAGAGGUCGUGGACUUCUCCGUCCCCUUCGUGGAGACGGGCAUCAGCGUCAUGGUCUCCCGUAGCAAUGGAACCGUCUCACCCUCUGCCUUCCUGGAGCCCUACAGUCCAGCGGUGUGGGUGAUGAUGUUCGUCAUGUGCCUGACCGUGGUGGCUGUGACCGUCUUCAUAUUUGAGUUCUUCAGUCCAGUCGGCUACAACCGCAGCCUUUCCAGCGGAAAGAAGGCAGGAGGCUCUACGUUCACCAUAGGAAAGUCUGUGUGGUUGCUGUGGGCCAUUGUGUUCAAUAACUCGGUCCCAGUGGAGAACCCCAGAGGAACCACCAGUAAGAUCAUGGUGCUGAUCUGGGCCUUCUUCGCUGUCAUCUUCCUGGCUUCCUACACAGCCAACCUGGCUGCCUUCAUGAUCCAGGAGGAGUACAUAGACACUGUCUCUGGACUCUCAGACAAAAAGUUCCAGCACCCCACAGAGCAGUACCCCCCUCUGAAGUUUGGCACGGUGCCCAAUGGAAGCACAGAGAAGAACAUCCGCAGUAACUACCCUGGCAUGCACCAUUACAUGGUCAAAUAUAACCAGAGAGGGGUGGAGGACGCCAUUAACAACCUCAAGACUGGGAAGUUGGAUGCCUUUAUCUACGAUGCAGCUGUGUUGAACUACAUGGCCAGGAAAGACGAGGGUUGUAAGGUGAUGACCAUAGGCUCUGGGAAGGUAUUUGCCACCACAGGCUACGGUAUCGCCCUGCACAAGAACUCCCGCUGGAAACGCCCCCUCGACCUGGCCCUGCUGCAGCUGGUGGGAGACGCUUGACAAAAACAGACCUUUACCAUUGUUGACCAUUGACCUUGAGGAGUCACCUUGAAUGAGGAGCAAACAGAGGGCCUGAGGACCUCCCUUUAGUGCUAAGGACAC